AUGCGAGUUUGGAAUCGGCCCCCGGUCGCUCCGCCAUCUUUGUCGGCAGCCCAUUGUUCACUCUGAAGCUAACAUCGGUGUCAAAACCCUCUACAUCUCAUAAUAAACUUUCGUGAUUGUGUCACCGACAGCUGACCGUGACCGUCGGGGAUUUGCUCACAAGGUCGCGACUUGUUUUCGGCCACCAAGUGAGAUAGAAUGGACGACGAGCAGCCGAAAACCCUGUAUGUGGGGAAUCUGUCUCGGGACGUGACGGAGGCCCUCAUCUUGGAAUUGUUCAGCCAAAUUGGGCCCUGUAAAAGCUGUAAAAUGAUAGUAGAUACAGCAGGUCAUGAUCCAUACUGCUUUGUGGAGUUUUAUGAGCAUAGACAUGCCACUGCUACAAUCGCAGCCAUGAAUGGUCGGAAAAUACUGGGUAAGGAGGUGAAGGUUAACUGGGCCACAACCCCAACAAGCCAGAAGAAAGACACAAGCAGUCAUUUCCAUGUUUUUGUUGGAGACCUCAGUCCAGAAAUCACCACAGAUGACAUCAAAGCAGCUUUUGCCCCAUUUGGAAAAAUAUCGGACUGUCGUGUUGUGAAAGACAUGGCCACAGGUAAAUCUAAAGGCUAUGGUUUUGUCUCCUUCUUCAACAAGUGGGUAAGUUUGUCUUCAGUAACCAAACGUGGGAUGAUGCAGAAGGUUUCAGCUUGCUCGUGUGACAGAUGUUUCUCUUUGCAUGUUCAGGAUGCAGAGAACGCCAUUCAGCAAAUGGGAGGGCAGUGGUUGGGAGGAAGACAGAUCAGGACCAACUGGGCCACAAGGAAGCCUGCUCCUAAAACAACUAAUGAAACAGCCAGUACCAAACAGCUCUCUUUUGAUGAGGUGUUAAACCAGUCCAGCCUCAGUAACUGUACAGUCUACUGUGGAGGAGUCACACAAGGUCUCACAGAGCAAAUAAUGAGACAGACCUUCUCACCUUUUGGCCAAAUAAUGGAAAUCCGUGUUUUCCCAGAGAAAGGCUACUCCUUUGUGAGGUUUAACUCCCACGAGGCAGCAGCUCAUGCCAUAGUUUCUGUAAAUGGCACUUCCAUAGAGGGCAACAUUGUAAAGUGUUACUGGGGAAAAGAAACAACAGACAUUGUUCAGGGCCCCAUACAGCAAGUACAGAUGGCACAGCAGAACACAUUGAGCUUUGCAGCCCAACCCUACAAUCAGUGGGGCCAGUGGUACAGCAACACACAACAGAUCGGUCAGUAUGUGCCCAAUGGAUGGCAGGUGCCAAGCUAUGGCGUCUAUGGACAGGCCUGGGAUCAGCAGGGCUACAAUCAUUUACAUGCUGGAGCUGGAUGGACGGGAGUGGGUGCUGUGAGCAACGGAGGCAUGGUGGAGCCUGGGCAGGGAGUCAACGGGACAAUGCUAACCAACCAGGCAGGCAUGAGCACCACUGGAUACCCCACCCACUGAUCACU